AUGGCUUCACUAACUGCAUGGGUCGUCAAUGAUAAUCCCGAGUCUCUAAAUGUGGAUCCAGAGGGACUCGUGAUUAAUUACAUUGGUACUGGUAGAAAUGCAGCUACAAUAAGAACAAAUAAUCGAAUUAUUCGACAAAGUGGAUUGUUUUAUUUUGAAGUUCAUAUCCAAGAUAUAGGAGAAAACGGAACUGUCGGGAUCGGAUUUUGUGCAAAGACCGUAGACUUAAAUAAAUUACCAGGGUGUGAUGAUAACUCGUGGGGUUUUCACAGUAAUGGAGAUAUUUUUUGUUAUUCUGAUUUGGGUAGGUCGUAUGGGCCGUCUUACACCACUGGUGAUACUAUUGGAUGUUGUUUAAAUUUUUCACACAAGACCAUAUCAUUUAUCAAAAAUGGCGUGCAUCUUGGAAUUGCGUUCCGAUGGUUCGAGGGAAAUAUAUAUCCUUGCAUUGGGCUAAAAUCAAGGGGCGGUAGUAUAAAAGUUAAUUUUGGUCAUAAAAGGUUUAAAUAUGAAGCAAUGAAUGACGACGAUAUUGAAGACAAAUCUUUAAAAGAAAGCUGGAACAAGAUCAUGUCUAAGUACGAUGAUCGAUUACUAAGGGACAGGUUCAAAGAGUUAACACGGUCAUUUGAAAUCGAUUCAAAUGAUCAUGCUUUUUUACAAUACCGGGCGAAGGCAUAUUUCAUUAUGGGAAAAUAUGAAGAGGCACUUUCAGAUUUAACAAAAUUGCUUGAAAUCAAUCAGAACGAUGAGUAUGCACUAAGUUAUCGAGGAGAGAUUUAUUAUGUUACGGAAAAAAAUGACAAAUCAAUAGAAGAUUUAGAUAAAUUAGUAAGAAUUAAUCCGAGUAAUGAAUGGGCACAAAAAGCCCUGGAAGAAGUCAACAGGGGGAAGUAA